CUGAACGAUUGUGACUUUUCAUCUCGACCCGUCGCUAACCGCAUCCUUUAGACUGAAAGCGGUCGCACGAUGAUAGGGCACUUGAAAGGGUUGCUACAGGCGGUUGUCAGUGAUGUAUAAAAUGUGUACUCGCCCGAUCUCACCGGGUUAGGCAUAAAAUUGAUUGAAAUCCGAUACUGUACAGGAAAUAGGGCCAACUGAGCAGGAGCAGGAUAAGCGCGAACCGGGCUGGAUAAUAACCCGCAGAUGUAUACACCAACAUGGGCCGCCGGAGAUAUGCAGUUAACACGGAGAAAAGCGGUGAAAUCAUAGUUACAGUUCAGGGUGACCUAACACAGCAAGAAAAACGUGCCGUUUUUCUUACAGUUCAUGAUCUGGGAUGCAAUCAUUCCUCGUUCGAAGAGUUCGUCAACAGUGCGUGUAUGAUCGAAAUCAAGGAACGAUCGUGCUUCAUACACAUUGACGUUCCAGGACACGCUGACAAUGCUCCAAAUCUGCCAGAGAACUUCCAGUUUCCAUCACUCCAGCUGUUGGGUGAAGAGUUGGUCACAGUUCUGGACUUUUUACACGUAAAAUAUGUUAUUGGCCUAGGCGAAGGUGCUGGCGCCAACGUCCUGGCCAGAUUCGGACUGGCACAUCCAUCACGAACUCUUGGUCUUAUACUGAUCAACGUCACUGGUUCAGCGGCCUCGGUGUUAGACGCUUUCAAGACCAAAUUCAUCAGCUGGAAAGAAGAUAAGCUUGGCCAGUCAGCCGAGGAUUUCCUGUUGUAUCACAAGUUUGGCUAUAUCUUCUCCGAGCAAUUGACGGGUGACAACCCGGAUAAGGAGAAGAUCGUUGCUGAGUUCCAAAGCCGACUUCACAGUUCGUUGAAUAACAAAAAUUUGAAGCAAUACGUUAAAGCAUUUAUGAGCCGUAAGGACCUGCCAUUGAAGAACUGCAAGGUUGAUUGUUUGUUGAUUACUGGUGUCAUGAGCCCGUACGCUGGCGUUGUCGAGAAGUUGUAUAGAGAUUUGAACAAGGAGAAGGUCACACUUCUGAAGGUCGAACGUGCUGGUGAUGUUCUGGCUGAUACACCAGCCAAGGUGGCUCAAUCAAUUCUGCUGUUUUGCAAGGGUCAAGGUCUACUGACGUCAGUCGCUAUGCCCGGUAUAGAUCGCAGCCGGGCAUUUUCCACCAGCUCCGGUGGUUCAACCGAAGGAACUCCAGGAGCUCGACGGCUAUCCCGUGGCAUGUCAAUGGAAGACUACGAUAAGCCUAAUAUCAGACGGUUGAGCGUUACGAUCAACGAGCAAUUGCCGCCGAUCAAAAAAUAAACGCUGCAAUAAACUGCUGUGGAGAUUACUUUCUAUGUCGUAUUCGAGUAAUAAUAUUUUAUCGAGAUGAAAACAAACAGUAAAAAGAAUGCAUGCAGAUUUAAUACAUACACACAACACAUGUGCAAGUAAAGGUCACAAACCACUCCGAUUUCAAUUUUUAUAGAUGUACGUGUUUUCUAUCGGGAUGAAAAUAAACAGCCACGUAGAUGCAGUUAGAGUGAUUGAGUGGCAAAGAUAGCUGAGCCAUAUGACCAGCGCUUGAAACAUUUUCUGAAGCUUCUCCAGAACCAAUUGAUGACAAAAUUGAUUCAUGUAACUUAGGCGCAAAAUUUUGAUUAGUAUCAAUUGAACCACUUUUAUACGGUAUCAAGCUAUUAUUACUGUCAUAGAUGGUGAGGUUUCAGAGUAACCUUCAAAGCGCUACGUAGAGCUAUAUCUUGAAAAGUCAAUCACUCUAAGCAGCAAAUCAUUCAACCAGGUAACAAACAAUUAGUUCAAGUAAUUCUGUAAACCACGUUAAAGGAACAACAGUAAACCAACUAUUCUAAAAGUGAACGAAAAUUAUACAUGAAAAUAUAAAACAAACUAUUUUAAGACGUCAUCUUCCUGCGAAACCGAACGGUUUUGCUUCCACGCGCCAAUGUCUCUCCGAGAAACAGAAACAUAUGAAACCCCCGAAACUGAUCCCACAAAGUCCAAAAAUAAAAACACUUACAACAGAACAUUUAUUUGAUAAAGAUAUUUUUCACCGUUCAGAGCCUAUAUACAUCUUCUUAUACCUUCUAUUGAUGAGAGAUCAAGAUCCAAGCGUAUUAUUAUAUAUACCCAUUAGAGAAAAAUUAGAAACAAGCCGUAGAAUUGUAAUCAACUACCGGCAUAUUAGUAGAGAAACAAGUAAAAUUAUAAAACCAAUAAAAUCAUCUAAGAUUGGAUUAAACAACCUAAAACUUGUUGAUCAAGAAGCCAAAGCAUAUUUAGAGGACCUGUUUCUUCAUAGUAGACGGCAUAGCAAAUGACAUAAAUUCACGAUUAAUAAACAAAUUAAUGAAUAAAUAAAUCCAAAAUAAAUCAUCACAUCGCUUGUAUUUGAACUUUAAUAUUAAAAUCAUCUGCUAAGUAAUAUAGUUCAAACAUGCUCUGCACACGAUACAGAUGAAGGGAAUCAGGCAACCAUGAGUUCAAAAAAUUAAUACAUAUAAAGAAAAAUUUCUCGGGUAUGAGCUGUUGUUUCGUUGGCACCCUCUCUCGAAUGGGGCGUGUGGUAUAUAAAUUAAGAUUGUUUUAUUAUUACAAUUAUUAUCUGAUCGAGAGCAUACUAUACAGUAGUUUCAAGAGCAAAAAUAAACUUAUUUAAACGAUA